CCGGCGUAUGAACACGUUGACUCUGCAGAGACAUACACAACUCCUGGAGGUGCUAGAGAUGCCCCAGUUGAUGGAUACCUGCGUGCGGAACGGCUACUACGAGGAGGCCCUGGAACUGGCGGCUCAUGUUAAGAGGCUUGAGAAGAAGCACCCAAACAUUCCUGUUAUUGCUGGCAUUGUUCAAGAGGUGAAGGUUUCCACACAGCUGAUGUUGAACCAGCUGAUUCAACAGCUGAGGUCCAACUUGCAGCUGCCAGCUUGCCUGCGAGUCAUUGGCUUUCUUCGCCGAAUGGAUGUGUUCACUGAAGCAGAGCUCAGGAUCAAAUUUCUUCAGGCCAGAGACUCCUGGUUUCAGAGUAUUUUGGAUGCCAUACCUAAAGGAGAUGCGUACACACACAUCACAAAAACCAUUGAAGUCAGCCGUGUACACCUGUUUGACAUUAUGACUCAGUUCCGGGCAAUCUUCUCUGAUGAGGAUCCAUUGAUCAGUACAGGGAAAGAAGAAGGUGUGAAUGAAACGUUGUUGUUCCAGAGUUGGGUUCUUCAAAAAAUUUCUCAGUUCUUAUGUACCCUGGAACGCGAUCUCGAAGAGGGAACAGGUGGGCGACUGGAUUCCAUCCUGGGACAGUGCAUGUAUUUUGGUCUGUCGUUCAGUCGGGUCGGGGCUGAUUUCCGAGGCCUGCUGGCCCCGGUGUUUGAAAGAGCUGUCCUGAGAUACUUCAGCUGUGCUCUGAGGGAGGCCAAUAAAAAGUUUGAAGAGAACAUGCAAUCCUUCAAUUUGCUGGGCUUGACAUCCUCAGGGAGUCUGACUUUAGGCUUAGCAUCUUCUCAAAGUGGUCAGCUGUACCCACCCACAACACUGCUGGACUUCUACCCACUUGUGGCCUAUUGCAACCAUGUGCUGGCUGCCUUCAAUGACCUUCGCCUGUGCUCACCUUUGAACUUGGCUUGUAAAAUUGCAGAUGAGCUGCGGAGGUCACUUUUGGAUGUCAAUCGAGUCAUUUUGGCAUUUUACAGAGCUGAAGAGACGACUUUCAAUGCUAAAGAAAAGGACCAGUUUGAGCAGUUCUGUGCGACCUAUGCAACUGAUCUCCUGCCUUACCUGAACAGAUGUAUGCAGACUCUGUUUCCGCCGGCACAGUUGGCUCAUGCUCUGGGGAUAUCUCUGACAGAGCUGGCUAAAAGGGGCAACAUAGGUCAGGUUGAUCUGUCUGUGGUUUUGUCCGGAGUGAGGCAUCUAAUGCCGGCCCCUUCAGCUCCUGCUGGGCCAGAACCCAGUGACGAAGCAGCAAAACCUGUGACAUUCACACUGGGCUCUGAUGGUGAUGAUGGUCACAUAGAAGAGCUUGCGGGCAGAAGCCAGGUAUCAUCUUCUCCUCCUGUAGUAUCUUCUGCUGAGUCUUUAACAGUGCUGCCAGGAUCAUCAGGUGACCAGUAUGAUAUCCCAGGAUCCAUCAGUCCUGAGAGUGGUAAAGCUCUAGCUGUUUCAGGUAUGUCUAACCAAGAGGUUGAAGUUGAAGGGUCAGGACCUCUGGUCUCUGAUGUUGCAGUUUUACCACCGUUUGCCUCCGAUGAAGUUGAAGAAUCCGGACUAGGUGAUGGAAGAACUGAAGCUUUACAGUUAUAUCCAGAGUUGGCAGAGAAAACUGCGGACAGCAAGGACAGUGAAGAUACUCCAGCAGUACCACACACAGAUCAGCAUCCAGGUGAACAACCAUUGGCGGUUUCUGGUCCCCCUGACAUGAUUGCCCCAGCUGUAGUCUCAGGAGGCUGGGAUACCCAGGAGUUUGACCUGGAUAAUUUAGAUGAUGUGAAUAUAGAAGAUUCAGGUGCCCUAGUUGAUCUGGAUCUGCUGCCGACUCCUGAAGAAAAUGCCCAAAAUUGA